UUUAUUACAGUUUAAUCUGAGACUGGAUUUCAUCGGCUUGACAGUUUUAGCUCUUGAGAAUCAAUAAAAGCUGGAAAUAACAUCACAUCUUGAACAGUACGACAAGCGAACUCUAAAAAUAGUCUAGAGUGGACUGAUGUUACAAAAACCAGAGACCAACCAACAUCUUGCCUUUCUAAGAAGUGUGAUGGAAAUAAUUUGAAAAUACUGAAGUGAUAAUAUUGGGACUGCAAGUAAAGCUCUACUGAAUAAUAUAAUGUUCUCUUUAUCGUGUUAUUGAUUUUAGAUGACAUAGUCGGAUAAUAUUUCAGACUUUUUCUUUUGCUUUGCAAAAGAUUAAUCUGUUAGUCAUUGGAUCACAUUGGGUCAGGAAAUGCAGCAGUUUUUAUGCUAGGACUGUUUUUAAUUAAAUUGAUUGAAAUUUAAAUAUCAUGCUUGAAUGUGUAGUUUUGCUGCAAGUAUUAAAAACUGUUUUCCUAUAUUCUUUUGUUAUGCUGUAACAUUACCACCAACAGUUGAGGUCAAAAGUUUACACGCUCCUUGCAGAAUCUGCAAAAUGUAAAUUAUUUGACCAAAAUAAGAGGGAUCAUACAAAAUGCAUGUUAUUUUUUUAUUUAGUACUGACCUGAAUAAGAUAUUUCACAUAAAAGAUGUUUACAUAUAGUCCACUAGAAAAAAUAAAUCUCAAUACUGUGUUGUUACCUGAAUGAUCCACAGCUCUGGUUUUUGUUUAGUGAUAGUUGUUCAUGAGUCCCUUGUUUGUCCUGAACAGAUACAAAUCCUUCAGGUCCCACAUAUUCUCUGCUUUUUCAGCAUUUUUGUCUAUUUGAACCCCCUCCAACAAUGGCUGUAUGAUUUUGAAAUCCAUCUUAUCACACAGAGGACAGCUGAGGGACUCAUAUGCAACUAUUACAGAAGGUUCAAACACUCACUGAUGCUCCAGAAGUUACCACGAUGCAUUAAGAACCAGAGGGUGAAAACUUUUGAACAAAAUGAAGAUGUGUACAUUUUUCAUAUUUUGGCUAAAUAGCAUUUUUUUUCAUUUAGUACUGACCUUCAGAAGCUACAGAAGAUACUUACAUAUUUGCCAGAAGACAAAAUAAGGUAAAUUUACCCUGAUCUUCAAAUUGAAAAAGUUUUCACCCCCCGGCUCUUAGUGUGUAGUUUAACUGUUCAAUAUAAAACACAUUUUUUAUGAUCUCUCUUAUUUUGGCAAAAUAACUAACAUUUUGCAGAUUCAGAUUCAAGGUGUAUGUAAACACUUGACUUCAGCUGUAUAUUGGCCUCAACAAUUGUGAACUUGUCAAAAAAAAAAAAAAAAAAAAAAAAAACUUGUCAAGAAUGUGACCUGACCUUUCGAAUAACUGUUGUAGUCCUUAUAGCAAACUAAAACAGCUUCAGUUUGAAAUUUGAUGUAUGAGCAAAACCCUUAAAGAGAAAAUUAAAUGUCAUUGUUUUCUGACCCUCAUGUUCCAAACCUAUAAGACUUUCCUUCGACAUUUUAUAUAUAUAUAUAUAUAUAUAUAUAUUCAGAAAUGUAUCAGUGUUUUCCCGUAACACUAAAGCAAUCAAAACUGUUUAAUAACCCACAUUCUUCAAAAUAUCUACUUUUGUACUCAAAAGAAAGCAUUGAUACGAUUAUGAUUUUUUAUUUUUGGAUGAACCUUUAAAUUCUUUUAAAAUGUUUCAAAUCAUAUUUUGCUGUCCAAAACAGCAAAUACUGAGGUAACAUAUGACGAAAUCAUCUUGAGGUAACUAAAACUCACGUGUAGUAUUGUUUGGUUAGACAAAUAUUUGCAAACAUGCUAAUGUGCGUUGCGUGAGUCAACCCGCCGAUAUAUUUUAUUUUCAUUUUCAUUGCACGUUUAAAAUACCUUUAAAAAGCCUCAGUUCCUUUAAAAUACCCAGCCACCUUAAACUCUUUAACACACACACGCAUUGAGACACCGGCAGCAGCAGCCGAGAUGAACUGCAGUGCGCUUAGAAAACAAAAAAGAUGCGCAUUUGUACACUGAUUUCUUCUGAGGAAAGGCGAGAGAGAGGAAGUGCGGUGUGAGAGUUGCUCGUCAGGGAGCGUGUUGAGCGUUUACUUCACCUCCCACAUGUAACGUGGCAGCCAGCGAUGGCAAAGCUCCUCAACAAGUGAAGCGUGUUGUCUUCAGUUCCCUGAACAAUCCCGACAUGGUUGCGGUGAGCGCGGAGAGCCCCGUGGAUCAGUACCGGACGCUGGCGUACGACACCGCGCUCAGUACUUUACUCGCUGUGCUGGUGUACGUGGUGGUGAAGGUGAGCCUGGACGGGAUCCGCCAGUGGCGGGCUCGGAUCUCGGUUCUGAUCGUGGGUUCGGGUCCGAUCGGGCUGACCGCGGCUCUGGUCGCUGUCCGCUCCGGCAAGGUGCUGAAACUGACGCUUCUGGAUGAGCGCUACCGGAGCGCGCUGCUCUGCAGACCGCAGCAGAUCGCGCUGGACCCCCGCAGCGUCCGCUUCCUCCUGGACCUGGGGGUGGAUUUUGACAACAUGGAAGGCUGCUGGCACAACGAGCACUUCUUCACCAAGAUCGGAGUGUUUCAGGAGUAUCUGCUGAGCAUCCUGGAGCAGAAGAAGCAAAAGGUUGACGUGAAAGUCCAUCUGGGUACAAAGUUUAGUGAGGAGUACCUGAGGAAGAUGCCGAGGGGUGAAUGGCCACGGGUGAUUGUAGUUGCUGACGGUUCGUGUGGAGACUCCUGCUCUGUGCUGGGCAUCAGCGCCGAUUACAUUGUGGAAUCAUGUCGCGCUUACGGCGCCAAUGCUACUAUAGAAAGACUGGACCAGAGACAGGUUCCCACACCUGAGAUCCGUGCACAUAGUUUGUAUUUUGAUCUGUCGGCAUACGGGAUCGACACCGUGAAGGAAUCACGCAGCUCCUCUCAGCCGGCAGCAAAGCCUGGAUUCCACCUGAAGAUCUACGGAACGUUCCGGAACCGCUACAUGGCUCUGGCCUGCACUUCAGACGCAGACUCCAAAAUGAUGCAUUUCCUGCGCCACACAGCCAACUCUUCAAUCAUGAAGAACAUCUUCCACCAGUCGUUCAACGCGUAUAAGACAGACAUUGAGCCGCGUCUGAGUGAACUCACCCUGCACCACAUGCAGUGCAGCCGCAAGCUGUUCGAGAUCAUGCUGUCCUACAGACGCGUCAGCGCUGCUUACAUCGAAGGAGACAAUGUCGCCGUGACUGUGGAAGGAGAAGCUGCGCGAGUGCUCAACUUUGACACUGGCUGUGGUGUGAAUCUGGGCAUGAGAGGACUGGAGUCACUAGGAAUGUUCAUCUACAGAACGGCCACGGCUCUGGACCAGAAUGACGUGUUUGAGGCGCUCUCGGCCAAAAUCCAGCACUCCAGACACGUGGCAGAGACUUUCAGGAAAAGCGGACUGGCCUCGGCCGUGUUUGAAUGACCCUGAGCGUGAUUGUGCAACAAAGAAAGUGUGUGUGUGUGUUUUGAGGUGAGUUAUAAACGUACAACACGUAAUGCUUACAACUUAUGAUCUAUUUUGUGAUUGUCUGGAAUGUUGAAUAUUCAGUGCGCAUUAGAGUGACCAAAGUUUGUGUUUUAGCAUUUAAUUUGUGAAAAAAAAGUUAAUUGGUGUAAUGUGAUGGUAAAAUUGGUACAUUGUGUUUUUGAGUAGAUCAAACAUCUUGACAAAAAGAAUAAGAGACCGAUCCAGCCUAAAAUGACCACAAUCCUAAGAAAAAUCUUACUGAAGAUACAGUGACCUUAAAAAAUAUGUGGAAUAUGUGGAAAAAUAUCAAAGCAAGUGUCCUAAUUAGUGUAAUGUUAGCCUUUAAGGAAUAGUUCACCCAAAAAUCAAGGUUUCCUGUAUAUUUACUCAUACUUAGGCCAUCCAAGAUGUAGAUGAGUUUGUUUCUUCAUCAGAUU